AUGAACGGUGUUGCAUGCAAAGAAUUGACCAGAACGGUUAAUUCAUUGACGAAGUAUGUCAUUGGGAUACGGAAUCUGCAUUUGACAUCAACUAAUUACGCAUCUGUCUUUAUGAAACGACAGAAGAAAAUGGACCCAGAGGUUGCGAAACAGCGGGAAGCUCGUAAACGAAAGAAGUUGGAAAGAGAGAUAAGAGCAAUGCAAAAACACAGUAAAAAACCGAAGCCAGUAGAUGAGAUGGCUGUUGACAUUAUAUCGAUGAAAAAUAUUCACGAAAGGUAUCGUCCAAGAGUGGAGAUAUCGGAACAAGAGAUAGAUAGGAGAGCAAUUGCUGAAAAGAGUUAUGCACGAUCACGUAACAAAUUAAUGCAGUUAGAUGAUAACUGGAUCAGAGACAGUAUUGCUAAACAAGACAAGGCAAUGAACGAACUGAAGGAGCUUUCUCCAGAACUGUAUGAAGCGGCCAUUCAACCGGAUAUAAAACUGGUUCAAGGUGUGAUUCUAAAUGGACCGGCUGAUACGCCGCCUUUGCCUGAUUAUCAGUCUCCAGAUGGCGAUUAUAUUGAUACGACCCGAACAUGGGUUUAA